AUGCCGCCUGCGAAAUCCCAGGUGUGGGCAUAUUUUAAAAAGAUCAACAAUGAUGUUGCGAGCUGCGACAUUUGUAAGCUCAAUGUGGCCAUGUCAAGGGGGACUACAAACCUAAGUACCCACCUAAUCAGACACCAUAAGAUUAAUGUUGCUGGGAAAGGUGGUGGGUCGUCUGAACACCAUGAACAUUACCUGUACCCUGUGUCAGCAGAGGAUAUGAUGGGGACACUCUUGCAGACUCUGGAUAUCAGAUACAGGGCUCCUAAUCGCCACACUGUCAGUGACACACUGAUACCUGCAGUGCUACAACAGGAGAAGGAGAAGCUGUUUUUGGAGUUGUCGCAGGCAAAAGGGGUUUCACUGACGUCCGAUGCCUGGACAUCUCGUGCAACAGAGUCAUAUAUAACAAUCACAUGCCACUUCGUCAGGGACUGGGAGCUCAAAUCAAAGGUGUUGCAAACUUAG